AUGACGUUGCCGUUGGGCCUGCCACACAAGAAGUCGGAGCAGCAGCAGGAGAUUCGUGAGGCGAGGAGAUGGCUGAAGGAGCACGUGAGGAACGAUUGGCACUAUCCGCCGCUGCCGAGGGAAGCUCUGCUCCACCGCUCGCCUGAGCAACUCACAUUCUCGCCGGCAGAGUGGAGGGAACGCGUCUACAGUAGCGAGGAGUCGUCUGAACCAGAUGACACCGACGUUGAUGGAGGGGGCGUGACAGGGCCGAAGAAGACGCCGUACAAGUUCGAGAAUCCCAACAGCAUAGGCGAGCACUUGUCCGACCGGAGAGAAGCGCGGAAACGCAGGCGGAAGGCUCUACUGGACGAGGAGAGUACGUGGAACGAUGGACUUGCGCACUGGUUGGCGAGGCGGGACGUUUGGUGCGCAGCACACACCUCGGAGCAAGUGAAGACUAUGCAGCGCGAGCAAGAGGAUCGACAGCGUGGCUCCUCCUCGGUCUCCGUCUCCGCCUCUGCUUCCGCCGUGGAAGCGCCGGUCAUCCCUACCCAACCCAUAGUGCCUCCGUCAGACGUUCUCGUUCCUCUCGGCCCACCCUUCCUCGCCGACCAUCCCAUCCGCAAACGCAUCAAUCCCGAUCUCUACCCCGAGAUCUAUUCGAAGAUCAUCCAACAGUCCCGCUCACCCAGCGUGCCGAUCAAUCUGGCGACCAUGACGCGAGCGCUGGUGCAGGGAUGGAAGGAUGAUGGCGAAUGGCCGCCGAAGCCCACGGCGUAUGUGUACGCGGACAAGAAGCACGCGGGAGGCGAGUCGAGCCUGAAGCACGGGGUGAAAGCCGUCGGACGAGCUUUGGGCAUUACCAGUGGGAGCAGCGGGGUUGUGGCUUCGGCGAAAUCGUGA